AUGGAAACUGCAGGUUACUCCGCCAGCAGGAAGCUGUGUUUCCUGGAAGGGUGCUGGAGUUUGCCAGGUGCCCAGCCCUCGGCCUGGUACACGGCGGCGCUGGAGGACUUUGCGCUGUUCCAGAGGAAGUGGUUCGAGGUGGCCUUCACGCUGGAGGAGCGCCUGCACUCAGACAUCCCGGCCUUCCUGCUGCCCUGGCUGCCCAGCCGGCCCGCCUCGUACGCAAGUAGGCACAGCUCCUUCAGCCGCAGCUUCGGGGGACGGAGCCAGGCCGCAGCGCUGCUAGCCUCCCCGACCCCGCCCGCCGACGUGGCCUUCCCUGUGAUUGGUCCAGCAUGGAGAGGGAGCAGGGAGGUCCUGAGGCGGUUUGAGUUUGCGUGCCGGGAGCAGUCAUUCCGAAGGGCAGCUGCCGUCAGGACAGCGUGGUCACUCCUCCGCGGUGGCUGGAUAAGCCCCGGGGUCACUGCGCCCCCAGGUCUGCUGCAGGCGGGAGCUGCCGCUGGGCGCAGGCUCUCGACGGUCACCCUGGACGUCGAUGUGAACAACCGCAGCCAGCGGAUGGAGUGGUGCAGCUGCUAUUACCACGGUAGCUUCUCCCUGAGCUGCGCCUUUGAGAUCAAGCUGCACUGGAUGGCCGUGACGGCAGCCAUGCUGUUCGAAAUGGUCCAAGGUUGGCACCGCAAGGCCGCAUCCUGUGGUUUCCUGCUGGUCCCUGUGCUGGAGGUGCCCUUUGCCCUGCCCAGCUAUCUGUACGGAGACCCCCUGCGUGCCCAGCUCUUCAUCCCCCUCAGCACGGCGUGCCUGCUGAGGGAGGGCAGCGAGCACAUCUUCGAGGGGUUCGAACCAGAGACCUACUGGGACCGAAUGCAGCUUCUCCAGGAGGCCAUCCUGACCAGGUUCGGCUUCAUCCAGGACAAGUUCUCUGCGUCCGCCUUUAACUUCCCUGCGGAAAACAAGUCGCAGUACAUCCACGUCACUGGGACAGUGUUCCUCCAGCUUCCCUACUCCAAGAGGAAGUUCUCCACGGGGCAGCAGCGACGGCGAAGGAACUCCACGAGCUCGUCCAAUCAGAGCCUGUUCGGCGCCGAGGAGCGGGUGGGCUACAACUGGGCGUACAACACCAUGCUGACCAAGGCGUGGCGCUCGGGGGCCACGGGCGACGAGAGGCUGGCGGAGCGGCUGCUGCGCGACUUCACCGACUUCUGCGCCAACAAGGACAACCGGCUGGUGGCCUUCUGGGAGAGCUGCCAGGAGAAGAUGAACGCCAGCGCCCCCUGAGGGCACGCGGAGGGACUGCGGCCUCGAGCACGCCCCGACGGGCCGCCGCUGGGCUGGACUGUCCCAGAGAGCCAGAGGGAGAGAAUACGGAUCCUCUCCCUCUGUCAGUCGCCCAGCCAGAGAGGGAAGCAGCAGAGAUCUGUGGCACCUGAUCGAAACCCUGCAGGAGAGAGAGCAGGGGAGGAGGACGGCCGUCUUGCUCUGCACCGCAGAGAACAAAAGAGAACGAUUUCCCUCUUUUACAACAGGAAGGUUUCAGCCAGAAGAGAGGGGAUGAGUCUUUCAUUCUGCCCCUGUACUAAUCUCUGAUUGCCAGGUCCCUGAUUCCACUCACUGAGCUGAGGGAGUCAAUCCAUGAGCCUGGCUCUGUGCAGGAAAUGGUGUAAAUAAAAAUCUCUGCAACACCUCA